AUGGACAAAACUGAAUGUAAUAAUAUAGAUGAGGGAAUCGGGAGCUAUCCAGCUGAGUUGGGGAGCAAAAGCAUCGGGCACGAAAAUGCUGAGAAAAGCAACUGCAACGGAGACGACAAUACUUGGCAGCUGCCCAUAUUCCCUUCCCCAUCGGUUUUCGGGUUUCCCACACUCCCUCCACCUCUGCUCUUGACCAACACUCAGGGGUGUGACCCGCCAGCGGGAGGCUGCGGUGAUCUUUGUCUCGGCCCGGCUCCCCACGCGAAGGCUCCUCCUCCUCCUCCUCCGCGCUCGCCACUCGCUCACACCCCCGGCGUCUCCAAGGCGCUGGAAGCGCGGCGGCCACCGCUGCCUCCUCGCCCACCUCCCGCGGACUCGCGCCCUUCCUUUCCCCUACGCCGCCCGCGCCUGCAGCUCCACCCCCGCCGAGGGGGAUCUUUGUAUCUCGGGGGACUUUCUGCCUCUUUCCUCCUGGGCCUCCCCCCGGACACCAAACGGGGAGCAAGCACCCGAAGAGGCUGCGGCUGGGGGCGCCUCCCGCGAAGAAGCCCAAAAGAUACCCACACCCCACCCCACCCCGGAAAUGCCUGGGCGCCCCGGGGUUCGCGCUGGACCAGAGGGGCGACAGGCACUCGCGAGCUCCCUACGCCGCGCCUCCCUCUCUCAACUUCCCGGCCGGGCCUGAGCCUCCAGCGGCCCCCAAAGCCUCCCGCCCCGGCACUCGGUCCCAAGCACCCUCCCGACUCCCUCGGCUCGGGGUCCGCUGGGCAGCAGGAAAAGCCCCGCGCGGUCUUCCGCCACCAACUCACCAGCAAGUGCGGGGGCCGCGUCGCAAAGCGAGGCGCGGAGGCUGAGCUGCUCUGCCGACGCCCGCGGCGACCGGAUGCAGGUCCGGGUCCCAGCGGCUGGCGGAGCCGAGGCGCCUCCGAGGCGCAGGCCUCCGCCGCUGCCUUCCGGCUCUCGCCGCGGGUCCGGAGCCUCUGGGAGGGGCCGCGAGUCCCUCACGCGUUGCCAAGCCCCCCGGACAACAUGGCUCCCGGGCCGCCGGGCCGCGCGGGUAGCCCACUAAUCCCCUCGGAGGAGCCUGGGCGGGAGGAGAGCGAGCGAGCGAGAAAAAAGACUUUUAUUGAAACGAUCCAACCAGCAGCGGCGGAGGAAAGGGACCCGCCGCGGGAGCUUCCCCCACCCCCGCCUGAGCUGUUUGCUGCCGGCAGCGCGACCCCUGCCGGCGGCGGCGGCGGGAGGGGCGGGGCCGGCGGCCCGGGGCGGGGCCUAGAAGGCGGGGCGGGGUAUCCCCGGGAAACCCCCAGCCCCUGA